AUGGCGUUUUCAGGGGCCUUGACAUUGACAGAUCUCAAUGACUACCUUGGGCCGUCACAGGCAUGCAUCAAGCCGGUGGAGGCGCCCACGACGACGGCGUCUUCAAAUGCGCCCGAAUCGACCAUUGCAUUGGAAGGUGGCGUAUAUGUGGAAGCACCAGUGAAUGCACCGCGUGCACGUACUCAGCUAGAGACUGCUCAGAUUUCACUGAAUGAUUGCCUCGCAUGCAGCGGCUGUGUCACUAGUGCUGAAAGUGUGCUGAUUGGCGUGCAAAGCAUCGACGAAAUUCGCAAUGAGCUGGCACAAAAACGCGAGCGUAUCUUUAUUGCUACAAUAAGCUCCCAAACCAUUGCGUCUCUUCAGGCACGCUGGGGAAUGCAGCCACCAGCGGUAUGGACGCGAGUAUGUGCAGCGCUAAAACAAUUGGGCUUCGAUCAAGUUCAUGACUUGUCACUAGCGCGCCACAUGUCGCUGUACGAGACCGUGCGUGAAUUUCGUCUGCGACGUGAAGCCCGCAUGCGUGGCACGAAAGAUGCACCUACGCUGCCCAUGGUCGCGAGUGCUUGCCCAGGCUGGGUAUGCUAUGCAGAAAAGGCUCACGGGGAAUUGCUUCCAUAUGUAGCCACGACAAAGUCGCCACAGCAACUUGCUGGCAUUCUCGCAAAGCGAUUUUGGGGUCCCCAACAAAAAGGUGUCGACAUAUCACAAGACAGCGCGCCAUAUGUAUACCAUGUAUCAGUCAUGCCGUGCUAUGACAAAAAGCUCGAAGCUGUCCGACAAGAUAACGAACAGACAUCUCAAACGAAAGACGUGGACUGUGUUCUCACAACAGGUGAGCUGCAUGACCUGAUCGUCGGUGUUGAUGUGCAUGCAAAUGCGGAGACUGAGCCGCGCGAAAGCGAAUCUGAACGUGCAUCUGACAAGCAAAUGGAUGAAGCAAGCGAUGCUUGGAAGCAUGUCAUGAGUGGUUCUAGUUCGGGCUCAGCUUCAGAGCAAAAUGAAGCUAGAAUCACACCACGUCCUCAGGUCGCAACUGAAUUUUGCGACCCUGCUCAUGUGCCAGCUCAUCAAGAGCCAGGGUCCAGUAGUGGCGGCUAUAUUUUUGCUGUUUUACUUGAUGCAUAUAUGUCUUGGAUUCGUUCUCAUCCAGAUACUUCACAGCCUACUGUGGAGUUGCACAUCCUUCGCUCGACCGAUUAUACCGACUAUACGCUUCGUGCUCCGGAUGGCACGACACUCUUUAAAGGCGCCACGUGUUACGGCUUCCGAAAUAUCCAGAACGUGGUACGCAAAUUGCAACGUGAAACAGGUGCACGAAGUACUCGUGGCCGUGGCCGUAUGCGAAGUGUAGCACGUCCCUCGCCCCAAGACACGCAUCCAUACGAUUAUAUCGAGGUGAUGGCCUGCCCAGGAGGGUGUGUGAAUGGUGGUGGACAACUUCGACCUCCUGCCACAUGGGCAUUAGACACGUCGUCCUUGUCAAUGGCAGCGUUACCAGACGCUCAGCAAGCGUCUGAGGCAUCGCCAGUUCAGGGCUGGCAGGGUACGGAUCGCCGUUGGGUGCAGCAUGUGGAGAAUCUUUAUUGGGGAGAUGACAUGAAGCGAGGCGCUACGGUCGAUUCUGCUCAGUCACUACUGGAGCGAGCAGCUCACGGACCCCUUCGAUCGUGGCUCGAUGCAUGGGAUAGGCAAGCAUCUGAUGCUUUGAGCUUGUUCAAACAUGAUGAUCUGCACACAAAAUUCAAUGCGGUGGAGUCGAAUCCACAAGGCUUGACUGUGCAAUGGUGA